UCACUCUGCGUUAGUUUACAGAUCAGUAAAAAGGUAUCUCACUUUUUUUUUUACACUGGAAGACAGAGAUCUGAAAAGCUUUCCCGCGUGACGGACGUUUAGCUAAACUCAAAGGAAAACAAACUCCUACAUGUAGUUAUUCCCGAUACUUGGUUCACUUUCACCUCAUGCUACUCCAAAGAAGCAUCCAGCUGUACUUUGGCAUAAGUUACUCGGCGUUGCCCAUGAAUGCGUCACUGUGACACCGAGCGUGUCCUCCGCUAUGGACGCAGACUGUGCGUCGCUGCUGCCCGGUGUGUGCGCGGUGCUGGCGGCCUCGGGGAGGUCUCUGCCCGACGACACCAGCCUGGAGAAACUGUUGGACUGGUUCACGGGGCUCACCGAGGCCGGGGGAUCUCUGCUGGAGGCCUGCCCGUGUCUGCUUGGAUUCAUCUCCACUGCGGUUCUGAACACGGCUCUGGACCCCGGUGUCCUCUCCUUCGCCCUCAGACUCACCGGCCUGACGGCUGCCACGGAGGACGGCUACGAAAAGCUGCAGGAACGCUCGGUUCUGGACCAGGCCUUCCAGCUUCAGCGCUGGCGAGAAGCCGGACUGUGGGGAGAUCCCUGUUUACGGAUUGGCUGGAUCCUGGGCUUACGCAGCAUGCUGCAGCACCCAAAGGCUCUCUGCUUCUUUGUGCAAUCAGAUUUCAUCGAGCCGCUCCUUCAACUCCAGACAGACGCGAGUCUGUUUGUCGCCUCGGCGGCCAAUCAGAUGCUCGCCCACGUCGUGCUCUUCUUCCAGCCGGCCCCGUCCCUGGGAUGUAACGGCGUGGAUCAGAAGGAAGCAGAAGAGCACGGCGCGGCGUACGCCGCUGCUGUCGCGGCGAUCUCGGAGUACCUCAAGGAGUCCCUGGUUCCCCAAAAAUACACGGCGCUCCGUCAGAGCCUCCAGACCCUCAAGCUGCUGAGCCUGCUGCUGGCGGCGGCCGGGCCUCCUCUCUGCGACAGGCUGCUGCAGACGGCCGGGGACCCUCUGGAGGAACUGGUGGCGGCAGGCUGCAGUCAGCUCACGCUGCCUCUGAUGGACGUCCUCCUGGCCGCAUGCAGCUCCGGCGCCGACCGACGCGUCCCGGACCAACGCGCCGGUCGUCUUCUGUCGUCCAUGUUGGACGUCGACAAACCCGCCGACCUCCUUCACGCCGCAGCCGCUUUUCUUCGCCGAGGUCACCACAGCGACGUCUUGAACACGACCCGUGCUGUGAGAAUCCUGCUGCUGCCCCUGCACAUCGUAACGGGUCAAACUCUACUGGGCACAGACGCCACCGCAGACGGCCGUCGGUCUUCAGCAGUGGAGCAGCUCAAGUGCAAAACCUCCUGCAUCUCGAUGACCUGCGUCGCUCUGACCAACGCCCCCCGCAUCGCCCUCUUGCCAUGCGGCGUACUGACCUGCCCUCCGGAUUCAAUUGUCACUGCAGUCCUGUCGCUGUUGAGGUUCUGCAGCGGCGUCUCUUCCUCGUCGCCCCCUGGGUGCAGCGAGGUUUGCAGGAACGUCAUCGGCAGUGGCAAAGUUCAGAAAUGUGCUCUCGAGGCGCUGACGGCUCUGGACAGCAGCCCAGGAGCAAAGGAGAAGACCAGUGAAGUGUUCACAGUUCUGAUGCAAUACCUGGAAAACCCUGAUUCUGAUGCCACUGUGCUCCACAAGUCCUACCAGGCCCUGGUGAAAUGGACGAGUGUGUGCACAGACCUGUCCUUUGUCACGGACCAGCUCAGACUGGAUCUCGUGGAGCUGGUGAGGAAGCGCGCGUGCGACAUGCGCUGGGAGGUGAGGGACUCCACGGUGGAGUUCCUGGGACACCUUGCGGGCCUGCGCGUCUCCGUGGCAACGGGCGAGGAGGAGGAGGAGGCGGCGGCGGCGUGCGACGCGCUGCUGGGCGCCCGCCGUGCUGCUCCUCUCCUGAAGGAGGCGCUGCGGGACACGGAGAGCUACGUGAGAGCCAGCGCCGUCGCCGCGCUGGCUAAGAGCCUGAGACACGGCUGGCAGCAGGGGGCGGCGCCCAGCGAGGAGGAGGAGGAAAUCGUGAGCCGGCUGCUUGAAAUCCUCUCCCAGGACACGGAGGGAUUCCCCAGGAGGGCCGUCGUGCAGUACUUCACCUCCUGGUUCUCCUCGUGCGCGUCGCCCACCUCCGCCCCGCUCCUGAUGCGGUGCGCGCGCUCCGUCCUCUCGCGAGGCGGCGCCGACCUGGACUGGGAGGUCAAAGUUCACACGCUGGAGCUGGCCCAGCUGCUGCUGGACGAGGCCUUUUCGGGUCACCCGGGUUACCGGAGGGUUUCGGACGCGCCGCACCCUUACGCCGCGGCCUCCGGGCAGACCCGCGCUCCCCGCGCGUACCCCGAGGGCGCCGAGUCGGACCUGGCCGGCGCCGUGGAGCUGGGGGUCGUGGCGGCGCUGCUGAGCGGGCUGGUCGACUGCGACAGACCCGUGGCCCUGAGGGCCUGUCGGCUGCUCAUAGCGCUUCGAGACGCGGUCUGCGCUCCGUCGCCGGGGGCGCUGGACGCCACCGCUGCCGUGGCAACGGUGUCCUGCGAACUGCCCGGCCGCGGCUGGGGGGAGGAGAUCAGGAAGACGCUGGGCGCAAAGGGCGGCGAGGGAGGGGGCCGCGUGAGCGUGUGCAAGGCGUUGAGGUCGCUGGGUUUGGACGAGAGGCUGGACGUCCUCACGCGAAGCAGCGACCACGUCCACAACUCGCCCCUCUCCCUGCUGCAGGACAUACUGACCGCCAGCGCCGCUCACACUCACGCCGACACACAGCCGGGCGAGGAGGUCAUAGUGGACUGCUACUGACACACACACACACGGCCUUAUGUUGGUUUAUCUGUGAUGGCCAACAUAGCCUCAACUCAGGAUUAUUUUGUGAUAUUAUAGCUUAGUGAAAGAGGAGUUUCUGUGAUUUUGCUGAUAUCUACAUAUUGCACUGUUGCCAUAGAGACCUGAGACCUUUGUGAUUUCCUAUGGAUUAUUUUCUCCUUUUUUCUGCUGUUAAUAAAAUAAAAAAAAUAAAAAAUUGAGAUUUUUUAAAAUUACUUAAUUAAAUACCAAGCAGGCAGGGAAUGAUUGAUCUUUGUUGGCUGUUUCUGUUGUAAUGUGUUAAUGGCUUUUUAUAAUAUUUGAUUAAAUGCAGUUGCACUUGU